AGCGCCCCCCGGCGCCGGCGCGAGUGCAGCUGGUCCGCGCCAACACGACGUCGCUGGAGGUGAGCUGGGGGGCGGUGCCCACGGCCGACUCCUACCUGCUGCAGCUGCAGAAGUACGAGAUCCCGGCCCCGCCCCUGCCCGCGCCGGCCACGCCCGGCCCCGCCCUGCCGGCCAACGCCCCCCGCAGCCCCGCCCCGGCCGCCGCCGCCCCGCCCGCCCCGCCCUGCUCCUCCGCCACCCCCACCCCUCCCCCCUCGGCGGCGGCUGUGGCGCUGCCGGUGCCGGCCGCGGGGGCCGCGCUGGGGGCGGUGGCGGCGGCGGUGCCCUCGGGCGCCCCUAGCGGCGGCGGCGGCACCGCGGGAGCGGCACUGCAGGUCCUGCCCGCGGGCGGGGCCACGGCGCAGGCAGCGGCGGCAGGAGCGGCAGCCAUGGGCGCAGGCAGGGCCGGCGUGCCAGCCGUGCUGAAGGUGAGUGGCCCUGCCCCAGGCACGGGGCCCCCCCUGGUGACCGUGCGGUCGGCGGCGACCCCGGGCAAGGCCCCGGUGACAGUGGCAUCGCUGCCAGCCGGAGUGCGCAUGGUGGUGCCCAGCCAGGGCACGGCGGGCACGGUGAUUGGCAGCAGCCCCCAGAUGAGUGGCAUGGCUGCCCUGGCCGCGGCCGCCGCUGCCACCCAGAAGAUCCCUCCUGCCUCGGCGCCCACCGUGCUCAGCGUCCCUGCCGGUGCCACCCUGGUCAAGACCGUGGCAGUCACCCCCGGGGCCACCUCCCUGCCUGCCACCGUCAAGGUGGCAUCGUCCCCGGUCAUGGUGUCCACGCCCGCGGCUCGGAUGCUGAAGUCGGCGGCGGCGCAGGUGGGGGGCGGGGGGGGGCCGGCGCCGGCCUGCAGCGCCCCCUCGCGGCCAAUCAUCACCGUGCACAAGUCCGGGGCCGUGACGGUGGCACAGCAGGCACAGGUGGUGACCACCGUGGUGGGGGGGGUCACCAAGACCAUCACCCUGGUCAAGAGCCCCCUCUCGGUGCCCGGCGGCAGCGCCCUGAUCUCCAACCUGGGCAAGGUCAUGUCUGUGGUGCAGACCAAACCUGUGCAGAGCUCUGCGGUCACAGGGCAGGCGUCCUCGGGGCCUGUCACACAGAUCAUACAGACCAAGGGCCCCCUGCCCGCGGGCACCAUCCUGAAGCUGGUGACGUCGGGGGAGGGGAAGCCAACGACCAUCCUGACUGGCAGCCAGGCCGGGGGGGGCGCGGGGGGGGCCAAGCCAACCAUCCUGGGCAUCUCCAGCGUCUCCCCCAGCACCACCAAGCCUGGCACCACCACCAUCAUCAAGACCAUCCCCAUGUCUGCCAUCAUCACCCAGCCUGGCGCCACCGGUGUCACCAGCAGCCCUGGCAUCAAGUCCCCCAUCACCAUCAUCACCACCAAGGUGAUGACCUCUGGCACAGGCACCCCUGCCAAGAUCAUCACUGCUGUGCCCAAGCUGGGCACAGGCCACGGCCAGCAGGGGGUGACGCAGGUGGUGCUGAAGGGAGCCCCGGGGCAGCCUGGCACCAUCCUGCGCACGGUGCCCGUGGGGGGGGUCAGGCUGGUGACCCCCGGAGCUGUCUCUGCCGUCAAGCCCACAGUGACCACCCUGGUGGUGAAGGGCACCACGGGGGUGCCCACGCUGGGCACGGUGACAGGCUCAGUGUCCAGCAGCCUGGCAGGGGGCGGCGGGCAGGGCCCCCCCGGGGGCACCCCCAUCACCACGCUGGGCACCAUCGCCACGCUGGGCACCCCCAUCACCACCCUGGGCACCAUUGCCACCCUCUCCAGCCAGGUGCUCAACCCUGCCCCCAUCACCGUGGCAGCUGCCCACAGCCCUGGCACCGCCACGGCCCCGGCCAUGGGCGUGCAGGCUGUGCCGCAGCCCACGCAGGUGACCCUGAUCACGACGCCCAGCGGCGCCGAGGCCCAGCCCGGGCAUGACCUCCCUGUGUCCAUCCUGGCAUCGCCCACCGGGGAGCAGCCUGGCACGGGGGGCGGGGCCGGGGGGGGCCCCACCCCUGUGCCCAGCGACCCCUCCCCGGAGCCCUCCGCGGGCACCCCCGGGGGCACCCCUGGCACCGUCACCUUGGUCUGCUCCAACCCCCCCUGCGAGACGCACGAGACUGGCACCACCAACACUGCCACCACCAGCCUGGUGGGCACCCUGGGGGGCGGGGGGGGGCUGCAGCUGCUGUGCCAGGGCCAGGAGGGGGCCGCGGGCAGCCUGCCGGGCACGGCUGGCACCGCCAGCGUGGGCAGGGUCUGCUCCAACCCCCCCUGCGAGACCCACGAGACUGGCACCACCACCACCCCCCCCGCGCCCGCCGCGCCCCCCCCGUGCCCCACCCGCCAGACCACGGCCACUGGCACCACCAUGACCCCCAGGCUGUGCCCGCCGGGCACCCCCGCGGGCACCACCCCCAGCAGCAGCCUCUGGGGGGCAGCAGGGGGCAAGCAGGAGGGCACCGACAGCUCCCCCCCGGCCCUGGCGCUGGCAUCGCCACAGCCCUGUGCCAGCCCUGCCGGUGAGGCUGGCACCAGGCUGGCACCACCACCACAGGCCUGUGCCAACCCCCCCUGUGAGACCCACGAGACUGGCACCACCAACACAGUCACCACAGCUGGCACCACCAGCACCAGGCUGGCACCACCCCAGGCCUGUGCCAACCCUCCCUGCGAGACCCACGAGACUGGCACCACCAACACAGUCACCACAGCUGGCACCAGCAGCACCAGGCUGGCAGCACCACCACAGGCCUGUGCCAACCCUCCCUGCGAGACCCACGAGACUGGCACCACCAACACAGUCACCACAGCUGGCACCACCAGGCUGGCACCACCCCAGGCCUGUGCCAACCCUCCCUGCGAGACCCACGAGACUGGCACCACCAACACUGCCACCACUACCACGGCAGGCCCUGGGUGCCAGCCUUGUGACCAGCACCAACCCCCCCUGGGGGGCACCACCAGCGCCCUGGUGGCGUCGCAGCCCUGUGCCAACAGCCCCUGCCAGGCUGGCACCAUCGACAUUGGCACCACCAGCGCCAGGCUGGCACCGCUGCAGCCCUGCUCCAAUCCCCCCUGUGAGACCCACGAGACUGGCACCACCAACACAGUCACCACAGCUGGCACCAGCAGCACCAGGCUGGCAGCACCACCACAGGCCUGUGCCAACCCUCCUUGUGAGACCCAUGAGACUGGCACCACCAACACUGCCACCACCACCAUGGCAGCCCCUGGGUGCCAGCCCUGUGACCCCUCCCAGCUGGCAGCGAGUGGCAGCAACUCCUCUGCCACCCAGCUGGGGGCAACCCCUCUGGGGGGCACCACCACCACCCUGGGCACCACCAGCAGCAGCUCUACCCUGGUAGCAUUGCAGCCCUGUGCCAACCCUCCCUGUGAGACCCACGAGACUGGCACCACCAACACAGUCACCACAGCUGGCACCAGCAGCACCAGGCUGGCAGCACCACCACAGGCCUGUGCCAACCCUCCCUGCGAGACCCACGAGACUGGCACCACCAACACUGCCACCACCACCACCUCCAGGCUGGCAGCACCGCAGCAGCCCUGCUCUGACCACCCCCACCAGGCUGGCACCGCAGCUGGCACUGCCAGCCUGGCCCCCCCCCAGGCCUGUGCCAACCCCCCCUGCGAGACCCACGAGACUGGCACCACCAACACUGCCACCACCACCACCGUGGGCACCCUGCAGGCCGCCGCCCCCCCUGCCCCCCCCGCCCCCGAGGGGCACCCCCAGCUGGCAGCGGUGCCAGGCCCCGCCCCGGGGGGGCAGCCUGAGGCCCCGCCCCUGGCCCCGCCCCCCCAGGCCUGCUCCAACCCCCCCUGCGAGACGCACGAGACUGGCACCACGCCCACGGCCACCACCGUCACUGCCAGCAUGGGCACGGACCAAGAGCCUCCUCCAGCAGCAGCCAAUGGGCAAGGGGAGCAGGAGCCCCCCCCCCCGGGCGAGGUUGGCACCCCCAGCCCCCCCCCACCGGGGCCCAGCGGUGCCCCCCAGGCCCCCCCCCGCGCCCUCACCACCGUCACCCAGGCCACGCCCACGCCAGGCCCUGCCCUGCCGGCCAUCUCCUCGCUGACUGAAGCCUCCCCAGCCCCCCCCGACCCCCCCAGCAGUGCCCCUCCCUCUGCGGACCCCCAGCCCUCCCCCGAGCCCCCUCCCUCCACCACCCCCCCCCAGCCCCCUCCUUCCACCCCCACCCCUCCCCCACCCCCUCCCCCGCCCACCUCCUCCUCCCCACCCCCCCCAGCGAUGCCCCCUGCAGGGGGGGGCUCCGGGGACCCCCCUGAGGAGACCCCCGCGGGGGGAGGGGGAGGGGAGAGCAGUGAGGGACCCCCCCCCGGAGCGAUGGCUGAGACCCCCCUGGGGGGCGGCACAGGAGGAGGAGGAGGAGGAGGAGGUGUGGAAGGCCCUGCCCUGGGCGGGGGGGGCCCCGCGGGGGCCGGGGGGGGGGUCCCGGGGCUGACCCCCGAGGAGCUGGCGGUGACGGCGGCGGCAGAGGCUGCGGCGCAGGCGGCGGCCACGGAGGAGGCUCAGGCCCAGGCCAUGGCGAUCCAGGCAGUGCUGCAGGCAGCCCAGCAGGCGGUCAUGGGCGCCGCGGAGCCGCUGGAGCCGCCCGAGUCCAGCGCCGCCCCCGAGCUGGACCCGCUGGGCCCCGAGGGCCCCGAGGCGCCCCCUGGCGCCAUCCCCAUCGUGCUGACCCAGCAGGAGCUGGUGGCCCUGGUCCAGCAGCAGCAGCAGCUGCAGGAGGCCCCUGCCCCGCCCGCCCCCGCCGCGGCCCUGCCCAGCGCCCCCCCGGUGCCCGCGGUCGCCCCCCAGCUGCCCACUGAGGCCCUGGCCCCGGCAGACAGCCUCAACGACCCCGCGGCCGACGCCAACGGCCUGGGGGACCUCCCCGCGCCCACCACCACCGCGGCCACCACGGACGGCCUCGCCCCCUCCAGCGCCUUCGUCGCCCCCCAGGCCAUGGUGGGCACCAGCCCUGCCAAGCUCCAGGCUGCCACCACCCUGGCCGAGGUGGCCAACGGCAUCGAGAACGCUCCGGUGAAGCCAGACCCUGUGGCACAGCCAGCCAAGAGCUUGGCCAAGAAGGAGAACCAAUGGUUCGACGUCGGCGUCAUCAAGGGCACCACCAUGAUGGUCACCCACUACUUCCUGCCGCCCGACGACGCGCCCCCUGCCGACGAGGACAGCUCAGGGGUCCCUGACCACUCGCAGCUGCGGCGCCAGGAGCUGCAGCCUGGCACUGCCUACAAGUUCCGGGUGGCAGCACUCAACGCCUGCGGCCGAGGGCCCUUCUCCGACCUCUCUGCCUUCAAGACCUGCCUGCCAGGCUUCCCCGGCGCCCCCUGCGCCAUCAAGAUCAGCAAGAGCCCAGACGGUGCCCACCUGACCUGGGAGCCUCCCUCGGUGACCUCGGGGCGCAUCGUGGAGUACUCUGUCUACUUGGCCAUCCAGGGGGCCACCCCUGGCACCUCCCCUGGCAGCUCGGGGGGCACAGACCCCCCACGGGGGGGCCCCCCGGGCCAGCUGGCGUUCAUGAGGGUGUACUGCGGGCCCAGCCCCUCCUGCCUGGUGCAGGCCAGCAGCCUGCACAGUGCCCACAUCGACUACACCACCAAGCCUGCCAUCAUCUUCCGCAUCGCUGCGCGCAACGACAAGGGCUACGGCCCUGCCACCCAGGUGCGGUGGCUGCAAGAGUCCAGCAAGGAGGGAGCCGUGGCCAAGGCCCCCAGCAAGCGCCCCCUCGGCUCCCCUGAGCUGAAAUCCGCUCCAAAGAAGCCCAAGGCCGAGGGGCAGUGAAGGCCUCCCCCCAGCCCCGCCCAGCCCAUGGAGGGGAGAGGGGAGGGGGAGGGGCAGUGAAGGCCUCCCCCCAGCCCCGCCCAGCCCAUGGGGGGGGG